GCUUCUAAAGCUGUGCACUAAUACAUGCUUGGACGCCAUGAGCUGAAGCAGAGCAGAAUACGUUGAGGCAGCCUAGAUAGAGGAACUGUGACUUUUUUUCAUCCCUCUUUUGAACAUUCAGUGAUAGAGACAAAUAAGGAAGUUUGAAUGUUCUAUAUUUCUGACACUUUUCCUGUGGGGGAGAAAUGUUAUAGUUUGGUAAAGACAUUGAACUAAAAGGUUUGGAAUCACUGAACAUGCCCAGAAAUGCAUUAAACAUUAAUUGACUACUUGGAAAGAAAAAAAAUAAUCAUGGCUUCCAACAUGGCUAGCCCUGCUAACCAUCUGCCAUACUUCUUUGGCAAUAUUACACGCGAGGAAGCUGAGGAGUAUCUGAUGCAAGGAGGAAUGAGUGAUGGACUAUACCUGCUUCGCCAAAGCCGGAAUUACCUAGGGGGCUUUGCCUUAUCCUUGGCCUAUGGAAGGAAGGUUCAUCAUUACACAAUUGAGAGAGAGCUGAGUGGGACAUAUGCUAUUGCAGGAGGCAAAUCACAUGCAAGUCCUGCUGAACUCAUUAACUAUCAUUCAGAGGAAGCAGAUGGCCUUAUCUGUCUACUGCGAAAAUCUUUCAAUCGACCACCAGGCAUUGAGCCCAAAACAGGGCCUUUUGAAGAUUUAAAAGAGAACCUCAUCAGAGAGUAUGUCAAACAAACAUGGAAUCUGCAGGGUCAUGCUCUUGAACAAGCUAUCAUUAGCCAAAAACCUCAGCUGGAGAAACUGAUUGCCACUACAGCCCAUGAGAAGAUGCCUUGGUUCCAUGGGAGGAUCUCUCGGGAGGAGUCAGAGCAGCGUAUCCUCAUUGGAUCAAGAAACAAUGGAAAAUUUCUAAUCCGAGAAAGGGACAGCAAUGGUUCCUAUGCCCUGUGUCUGCUGAAUGAUGGAAAAGUACUGCAUUACCGUAUUGACAGAGAUAAGACAGGAAAGCUCUCCAUACCAGAUGGAAAAAAAUUUGACACCCUCUGGCAGGUCUGUUAAAUUUGAAUCACUUGAGUAUCUGUCAUCAUGUUGCAGUUUUACCCAGUUAGGCGGUCUCUUUUACUUUGCUGUGCUUCAACUGUCUUUAGCUAAAUAGCAGCAUGUUAGAACAGUUUAUUUGUCCUCCUUACAACUUUUGUGGUUUUCCUACACAAAUGUUCAUUACUGGAGAAAGCUAAGUAAAUGUAAAGAUUUCAAUCAUUUUAAAGUGGUGAUGCUGCAGCUUCACUGAGUUUUAAACUGCUGUAAACAUUAUUCAUUUAACAGGACAUUCUCUAGAAUGGAAGACUAAUUUAAUUUGUAAGAGAUAUACUGUAUACAAUAACAGUUAUGCCAGGUACAGUGUUUUGCUUAUGUCCUUUGUAAUAAUGAUAAGCAGAAUUUUAAGAAACACAUGGGAUGGUUUGGCAUGCUGUACACAUAAUGCAUUAUUUAGCUUUGAAAUUCCCUACUUUGUAACUGAACAAACAUGGUUUGUAAUCAUUACCACAACAAGAUGUCUGAAUUCUAUUGAAAAUAAAACAGUUGAGAACUGGAUAGUUAACUGUGCCAUAGUUGGUAAUAAAACUGGAGAAAUGAUUGGAUAGGUUGAAGAAGCUAAAGGAAGUAAAAGCCUUGAAGAAUCCUUUCUUAAAACCUUAAUAAAAAAAAGUGAGUCAUAAAUUUAAAAAGCAAGUUUUUACCUGUGCAUAUUAACUCCCAGCAUUUCUUGUAAAUAUCCUGCAUACCUGUUGAGUUACUGGAAAUUUUAAGCAGCCUACAAAAUGUGCAAGUUUUUUGAACAUCUCUAUUCUUUCAUUUGCAGACCCCCUUUUUCCUACCCAAAUGCACCAGUACCAAAAUAGGAGUCAUGUUCCUGUGAUGUAAUGACAAAAAGUAUGGAUAGGAUAAUACACGAGCACAAAAGUCCACAGCUUUGUGUGUUUUAACUGUUCACAUACCAUUAUGAGCCUGAGGCCAAAGAGAACAUCUUUCAAACAAAAA